GCUGGAUAGAAACGGAAGCUGCUGAGGUGAGAUGUAAACAAGAGUGUGGCCAGCGAGAUGGCUGCACCACUGAGUCAAAAGGAAUAUCUGAAGAAGUAUCUCAGUGGUAAUGAUCCAGAAAAAAAGAAAAAGAAAAAGAAAAAAAAGGAUAAACUUCCAGGUCAUAGCAAAGGAGUGCGCAUCAUUGAAGAUUCUCUUGACCUGAAAACCGUGCCUUACGGAUACACAGAUGAUGACGAUAACCCAACAAUAGCUGAAGUCACUUAUGAAGAUGAAAAAAUUAAAGCAAUGGAAGAAUUUAAAGGAAAUAAAAGGUGGAAGAAGGUAAGUGACAAGGAGGGUAAGGAGGAUGAUGACUCUGAUUGGCUGGAGCUGCAUCACCAAAGACGAAACGUGAGGAAUUCUCCUCCACACAGAUCAAGACAUGACUCUGGAUCUCCACCAAGGAAGAAAAGACAUGACUCUGGAUCUCCACCAAGGAAGAAAAGAUAUGACUCUGGAUCUCCACCAAUGAUGGCAAGACAUGACUCUGCCUCACCUCCACCAUUAAGAGCAAGACAUGACUCUGCAUCUCCUCCACCAAUAAGGGCAAGACAUGACUCAGAGUCCCCACCAUCGAGAAGACACGACUCUGGGUCACCACCUCGUACUUUAAAACGUAACUCUGGCUCUCGACCGCGGAGCAGAUUAAGUAAUUCCAGAUCCCCUCCUGUGAAACAAAAGACUCAGAAUUUCGAUGAAUCACUUCAGUCAGCUCAGAAUUUGGAUAUCAAAAUGUCUCCAUCAAAGAAAAUGAGACAUGAUUCAGAUUCAUCUCUGUCAGGAAGUGCUGAUGAUAAGCAAGGUGCCAAUUCCCCAGAUCUCUCACCAAGCAGAAAAAGACACGUGCCUAAUUAUUUACCUCCAGGCAGAAAAAGAUUAGAUUCAAAUUCACCACCAAGAAAAAUACACGUUUCUGACACGCCGCCUCCUGGAAGAAGACGUGAUAUGGACGCCUCACCUCCGGGUAGAAGGCAUGAUACAGGUCCGACAUCUCCAGGCAGAAAAAAGUACAGUUCAGACAUUUCUCCCUCGAGGAUACAACAACAUGAUUCAGAUGCUUCAUCUUCGAGAAAAAUGAGACCAGAUUCACGUAUUUCACCCACAAGAAAAAGAAGACAAGAUUCAAGUAAUUCACCUCCAAGGAGAAGACAUAAUUCAGACACUUCACCCACAAGAAAGGGGAAAGAUUCUCAGUCAUUGCUAUUCAGGAGGAAAAGGAAUGAUUCUGAUUCCUCUCUUGGAAUGGAGAAAAGUGAAUCUGAUUCCUCUCCACCCAGGAAGAAGAGAAAUGAUUCUGAUGCCUCAACUCCACAGGGAAAAAGGAGUGAUUCAGAUGCUUCAACUCCUAGGAGAAAAAGACUUGAUUCUGACUCUUCACCCCUUAGGAGGAGGAAUGAAUCAGAUUCUUCACCGCCCACAAGAAAAAGAAAUGAUUGUCGUCCCUCACCUCCUAGGAGAAAGAGGAUGGAUUCUGAUUCCUCACCACCGAGAAAGAAAAAAAAUGAUUCUCAAUCCUCUCCUCUCAGAAGAAAGAGGAAUGAUUCUGAUUCCUCUCCUCCCCGAAGAAGUAGAAACGAUUCUGAUACUUCCCCUCCCAGGAGACAAAGAAAUGAUUCUGACUCUUCUCCUCCCAGAAAGAAAAUGAAUGACUCGCAUAUUCACCCACAGAAAGAUAAUAGACAGCCUCUACAGCGGAAAAUGACCACCCAGGAGUAUCUCCUGGCAAGGAAGCGCGGUCAGCUGAAGAAAGAUACUCCAGAAGAUCUUGCCAGGAAGGAAAGGGAAGCAGUGUUGCAGCGUCAAGCUGAGGAAAAGCACAAACAGUGGAAACACGGCAUGAAGCAAGUGCAGGAAUACCAACAGAAGGUAGCUGAUGACAUGCAUGAGAUGGGUAAAGCCUUUGCUAGAACUGCUGAUGAUAUAGACAUGAAUGAUCGGUUAAAAGUUGUAGCUCGAAAAGAGGAUCCUAUGCUGGAUUAUAUUAUGCAGAAAGAUGUUAAGUCAAGUAAUGAGCCAGUUAAACCAAUAUAUAAAGGUUCAUUUCCUCCAAACAGACUCAAUAUUCGACCAGGCUACAGGUGGGAUGGAGUAGACAGAUCAAAUGGUUUUGAAAAACAAUGGUUUGAACGUCAGAACAGUAGGAAAGCUCUUGAUGAAGAAGCAUACAAGUGGAGUGUUUCUGACAUGUAGAUCUAUAAUUCAAGUACAAAAUUAAUGCUCGUGGGAUAUUUUGUCAGUGGUAGAAUUAUUUCAUGUUCGCAUAAAUAAUUUAUGUACCAUUUCCCCCCACUUAGCUCUUUUUAAUUUUACUUUACAGUAUAGAGCUGUAUUUUGGGCAAUUUUACUGUUUUUGUGCAUUGUGAAGUCAGAUGCUGUAUAUUCAGUAUCUUAUUUUUAAAGGAUACAAAGUGGUUUAGAUAUAUUUUAACUCCUACUAUGCAUCACAUUCAAGAGAUUGUGGAGUACGUACUCUACUGUAUUGUAAUGCUUUUUCAGUGUUCUCCUGCCAAGGGUUAUACACCACACACUGAUUUGUUUUCCUGUGCAUGUAAAAUUAGUGUCUGUUUGUUACUAUCCUUAGUGAGCAGCUUGUAUGGCACACUAACUGUUUCUCAGUCAAUGUACAAGUUGGGGUAUUGUUAGUGAAGCCUUUUUUUCUUGCAUUAUACCCACAGCCAGUUGAUGUUCUCUUAAUACAGGCUGCUUAUUGGGGGAUUUUUGGUCCUCAUACAACCUUCAGUAUGUCACCCAGGUAGAUUUGUUGACACAUUUGCUAAAACGAAAUAUCCUUCCUUCCCCUUCACACCUACUGUAUUACCUUCAAAACAUGGAAGAUAGGGUGUAACAGUUAUCUUCUAGAGACAGCAGGUCUUUUAGAUCCGUGUCUGACCAAUCAGCACACUCCACUCUAAGGCUGACUGCUAUCAAGAACAAAUGGUCUAGCUAGAUUCUAGACGAAUUGUUCUUGAUAGCAGUAAAGUUCUUCUAGACUCUAAAACUUAACCCUGGCAUUCUUAUUUACUACAAAAAGCUAAGCAUCCAGCCAGCCCUUUACAACACAUCAGAGAUUGUAAGCAGAAAUUACCGGUAUUGGUGUGAUGAUUUAAGUAAGAGAGAUAUAACAUCUUAUAUGUAUCAUUUCAUAUUGACUUUACCGACCUACCCUAGUGUGCGUGAGGUUCCAUAGUUCCCAAACUGAAUCUACGGUAUUAUGUCUACUGCACAUUGAGUUUGUUCCAUAAGAAAAGAUAGACAGGCAUGUGUUUUAUUUAGGCACUGUGAAAUGCCUAAGAGAUUCAGUUCCAGAAAGACUGCCUGAGAAAUGAGUGUUGGGUUUGUGGACAUAAUUUGUCAGAUAGAGCUUAAAAGGUCAAAUUAUAUCUGAUUUCCUUCAUGUUAGAGAUAAUGUGUGUAAUGAGGAUGGAAGGAUGAUGGGUUAAUAAGUCCCCCUGGUUUACAUAAUUAGGGCUGCCUGUGUUACAAGCUGCCUGGCCAGAGGCUAUCAGAAAAUAAGAUUAUAGGAUCAGUCCUCAUUUUUUUCUGUAAUGAUUCCCAGUAUAUGUGGAGGAUUUCUCCCACAAACCUGAUUAAGGAAUUGUAAUGUUUGGAGUAAAUUUAAGAUUUUGUACUUGCAGGUACAGUACAUAGCCUUACCAAUAAGAUUACUGAUAUCUUUAUACAUGUAGGGGUCUGAGUUGCUUUCCCUUCCACCAAAUGUAAUUUUUAAAAGUAGGCUGUGUCCAUGUGUUUAAAGUAUUGUAUACUGUACAGUAUCCAGGUAUUUAAUUUACAAUUGGAAAAUAAAGUCAUUUACUGUUUGAGUUCUUUUUACAUUUUUUCUCACUUGUACAAAUUAGUUCUUCUUGUGUAUGUAUUAUAUUUAUUCCACCAAGGUCCAAUGAAGAUAUUCCUCUUGAAUGAUUCAUGACUGUUAGUAGUAGUAUUUCUACAAAGAUUGUCAAUUGUUUAGGUAUGCCAGACAGAUGUCUUACAAAUUAAUAGAAUUUGCUUACUGUUCCAAUUAACUUGCCCCAUUAUUUAUGGAUAUACAUGACAAAUGAAUAUAAAAGUGUACAAUGUCUAGAACUGUAUAUCUUAAAACCAAAUUACACUUCCUGUGUCAACUUUAGUGGCAAUAAAUAUGAUGACAUC